AUUAGUCUAAUAAAUUGUCGAGCAUAAUAAUAAAUAUUUUAAAAAAUGGAUACAGUAUUUCGUACUCGUACUCCUGGGGUUCCUGCUGAGGGUGUACGUGAUCAGUAUGCCGAUGGCAUAACUGCUGAAAUCUGGCAAACCGUAGUUGGAGAUGAAAAAGAACGUACUAAACAUUACAAAGACUUUUUAGUGGGUUUAUUACAUAAAAAGGGUUGCAAGAGAAUCCUUGAUGUUGCCUGCGGCACAGGAGUUGACUCUAUAAUGCUCAUUGAAGAAGGAUUCCAAGUUGUCAGUGUUGAUGCUUCUGAUAAAAUGCUUAAAUAUCCGCUCAGAAAACGAUGGAAUCGAAGAAAAGAACCUGGUUUUGAUGAAUGGGUUAUCGAAGAAGCCAAUAUGUUAACACUGAGUAAAGAUAUUGGACAUCUUAUUGGCGAUGGUUUCGAUGCUGUGAUUUGUUUAGGCAACAGUUUUGCUCACAUCCAUGACGCUUACGGCGAUCGGAGAGAACAGAAACAAGCAUUAGAAAACUUGAAGAUGUGUCUGAAACCAGGAGGCUUUCUUCUUAUUGAUCACAGAAAUUAUGAUCAUCUUUUGAAUGGAGGAGUUGCUCCAACGAAAUGCGUUUACCAUAACAGUCAACAUAUGAAAGAUAUAAAAACUUCCGUCUAUUCGGUUUCUGGCCUGCCCCAAUUGAUUAUUCAAGAUUACUUCGUGUCCUUGGAUGAAAAUAACGAGGGUCCAGAUAAUCAAAAUCACUUUAGGAUAGUUUGCUAUCCCCAUCAGGUUAAUGCCUUCAAGGAUAUGCUACGAGAAAUAUUUUCCGAAAAGACCCACAAAAUUUUCGGUGACUUUAAACCUCUUAAUGAGGUAAAAAACCCAGCAGCUUUUCUUCAUUACAUUGAAAAAGAAUAA